AUGGCUGCUGAACUUGUUGGAGGAGCUUUCCUCUCUUCUUUGUUUGACAGGCUGUUUGACAAGCUAGCUUCUACAAAAGCUGAGGACCUCAACUUCUUUCGGGGAUUGAAACUCGAUGAGUGGUUACUCAAGAAGCUGAAGAUCAUGUUGUGCUCUGCUAAUCAAGUCCUGGAUGAUGCUGAGAUGAAACAACUCACAAACCCGCGUGUGAGGGUGUGGCUUUCUGAGCUCAAAGACGCCAUCUGUGCUGCAGAGGAGUUGCUGGACGACAUCAACUAUGAAACUUUGAGGUACGAGAUUGAAACUGGAUCUGGAAGCAUGUUUAAGAAACUCAAAACCACCAUCUCUAGUUCUCACACUUCAUUUGACCAAGCAAUAGAGAAGAUCCAUGAUAAACUAGAUUUUAUUGUCAAGCAAAAAGAUGUCCUUGGUUUAAAAGAAGGUGUCACUAAAAGGCUUUCUCAAAGAUUACCCGCUCCUUUGGCUGAUGAAUCUCGUGUCCUUGGAAGGAAUGAUGAUAAGGAGAAAAUCAUGAAGCUAUUGCUUCCAGAUAAUGGUAGUAGUAGCGAGAACAAGAUAUCUGUGAUUCCCAUUGUGGGCAUGGGUGGCAUCGGCAAGACCACCCUUGCUCAGCUAGUAUAUGAGGAUAUAAGUGUGAAGAGUCAUUUUGAUAUCAGAUCAUGGGUUACUGUUUCUGAUGAAUCUGAGAUUUCUGUAAUAGCUAAAAAAAUUCUUCAAGGGAUCACCAAGCAAAAAUGUGAAACUGAGGGCCUCGAUCAACUUCAAUGCGAGUUAAAUGAGUCAUUGAGGGGCAAGAGAUUUCUCUUUGUUUUGGAUGAUGUAUGGGACGAGAACUAUGAGCGUUGGGAGGCCUUACUGAGUUAUUUCAAAUCCGGAGCUCAUGGAAGCGGAAUCAUUGUGACGACACGUAGUGAUAUCAUCGCAAAGAAGAGGAGAAAUGUGCCAACACAUCACCUUGGGGAAGUAUCUGAUGAUGAUUGUUGGAAGUUAUUUGAGGAGCAUGUGUUUAUUGAUGGUGCAAGGUCAGAGCCGUAUCAAGAAUUACAUGCAAUUGGCAGAGGUAUUGUCGAAAAGUGCAAAGGUGUUCCUUUAGCGGUUAAGUCUCUUGCUGGUCUCUUGCGCUCGGUGGUGGAUCCAGAGGAAUGGAGAGAGAUACUCAAUAGUGACAUAUGGGAGUUGCAGUUGCAAGAAAAUCAGAGUAACAACAUUUUGCCUACUCUGUGGUUGAGCUAUCAUUAUCUACCUUCACAUCUAAAGAAAUGCUUUGCUUACUGCUCGAUAUUUCCCAAGGAUUAUGAAAUGGAUGAAUCUAAAAAGGAAGAAAUAAUACGGCUAUGGAUGGCGGAAGGUCUUUUGCAAUCUGGAAAGAGAGGGAAAAGAAUUGAGGAUGUAGGGAAUGAGUACUUUCAAGAUCUGAUAUCAAGGUCGUUGUUCCAACCAUUGAGUAAGGAUAAAUCGACCAUCUUAAUGCAUGACCUCACACAUGAUUUAGCAAUAUUUGUAUCGGGUGAAUUUUCUUGCAGGUUGGAUGAGGGUGACAAAGCUAAAUUUUCUGGAAAGACUCGCCAUGUUUCAUACUCCAAAAUUGAUGACUUGGAGAGUUUUGAAGGUUUAUCUUUGGCUAAGAGUCUCCGCACUUGCGUAUCAUCAAAACCAUCCUAUUGGAAAUCCCUAAUUAGCAACCAACAAAUUGAACGAUUGCUCUCUAUCGGAGGAUGCUUAAGAGCUCUUUGUCUAUCAAAUCUAGACAUCAUAAUACUGCCCGACUCAAUUGGCAAUUUAAAGCAUUUGCGGUAUUUGGAUUUAUCAUGGAAUGAUAAUAUCAAAGAGAUACCCAAUACGCUUUGUAGAUUGUAUUAUUUGCAGACUUUGCGAUUAUCGUGGUGCGGACAACUAACUCAGUUGCCAAAGGACAUACGAGACCUAGUCAAUUUGCGCCAUCUUGAAAUUAAAGGCGUACCACUGGAGGAGAUGCCGCCUAUGAUGCGCAAUAUGAAAGACUUGCAAACACUAUGCCAGUUUGUUUUGUGCAAAAGGCGUGGCUCUAGCAUUAAAGAGUUAGGAGGGUUGCGCUACUUGUCCGGAGAACUUGAAAUCCGUAAGCUUGAAAAUGUUGAGGUCGUUGAUGUUUUGGAGGCUAACUUAAAGGAUAAAAGGUGUCUCAACAAGCUAGUCUACCUUUGGAGCUUCGAUGAUGCCGCUAAUGAGUCACCAAGCCAUGAAGAAGUUCUGGAUGCACUCCAACCUCAUACAAAUAUGAAGGAGCUUCGUAUAGAGGGUUAUGGAGGUGAAACAUUCUCUAAUUGGGUUGGUCAUCGUUCAUAUACUAACAUGGUUACUGUGCGUCUAAGCGAUUGCCACCACUGUUGUUUGUUGCCACCAUUUGGUCAGCUACCUUCUCUCCAAAUUCUUGAAAUUUAUAACUGCCGCGGUGUGGAAAGAAUAGGUGCUGAAUUUUACGGUGAUGGUUCUUCCAAUACAAAACCAUUUAGAUCUUUAAGAUCUUUAGGAUUUCAAGACAUGUCAGCGUGGCAAGAUUGGUCAAUUCCUGAAGGCCGAGAAGAUGGCGGAUGCUUCCCUAGUCUUGAGCACCUUCGUAUUAUCAAAUGUCCCAAGCUAAGUGGGUGCUUAUUACCAGAGUAUUUACCUUCUCUUGAAGAAGUGGAUGUAAGAGAUUGUCCCGAAUUCUUGUUAUGUAACUUUCCAUCAAACUUGAAAGCACUUGCCAUUAAUUCUAAUAAAUGUGAUAUAACAAUCCGUCCACGCUUAGAGAUUUCAGGGAGCUAUGAAAAUGUGAUGAAAUUUCCAGAGACAUUGCUUCCGACCACUCUGACUUCUCUAUAUAUUGGAAGACUUGAGAAUCUUAAAGUUCUGAAUGGGGAGGGCUUUGAACACCUCACUUGUCUUGAAGAGUUGAGAAUUUCUUGUUGCAAAGAGCUCCAGUGCUUUCCGGGAGAGAUGCUGCCCACAUCUCUCACUACUCUCCGUUUAUUUCAACUUAAUAUGCUUGAAGACCUUGGCAAGGGCCUUCAACACCUCAACUCCCUUAAAGAGUUGAAUAUUUCAUCUUGCGAGAAUCUCCGGAGCUUGUCAGGAACUGGGUUGCCCGCUUCUCUGACUUCUCUCUAUAUCUUUGACCUUCCAAGCCUUGAAGACAUAGGUGACGACUUCCUUCGACACCUCAUCUCCCUUGAAGAGCUGAAAAUUAAGAAGUGCAAGAAUCUCCAGUACAACGCAGUAGAAGAGAAUGGGAAGGGAGUACUUGAGCAGCUCAUCUCUCUUAAAAAGCUGGUCCUUUGGGAUUGUGCAGAGCUCCAGAGCUUGCUCGAAGGGCAAUUGCCCACAUCUCUCACUUCUCUCGCGAUCGCUGGUUUUCCAAGGCUUAGGGACUUGAAUCGCAUGGGCUUUCAACACCUCUGCUCUCUUAGAAACUUGAAGAUUUACGAUUGCGAAAAUCUGGAGUGCUUGCCUGACCAGGGGCUGCCGUCCUCUCUUGAUUCUUUGGAUAUCUCCAGAUGUCGUUUGUUAGAAAGGAACGGGCAAAGAUGGGCAUAA